AUGUCUGACAAGAACACUUCCACCCUCCAGUCGUACAUCGACUCCGCCUCUGGCGCCGCCCAAUCCGCUCUGGGUUCGCUGAUUGGUAGCAACGCCGACAAGAAGGCCGAAGCCGACCUCAANAACGACGCCUCCCACGCCGGCGCAAACAUCGGCGGCUACAGCGUCAGCGCCUCGGGCGUCGCCGCCAACGACCCCGACCGCAGCGCCGGCAGCUGGAACCAAACCCUGGGCUCCGGCAAGGAAGCCCUCGGCAACCUCGUCGGCAACGAGUCGCUCAAGCAGCAAGGAGCAGAGCAAAACGCUCAAGGCAAGGAGCAAGAAGCCAAGGGCCAACUCAACGACUUGGGCUCUGGUAUCGCAGACCGUGUGUCUGGUACCGUUGGUGGUGCUGUUGCGGGCAUUACUGGCAAUGAGGCUGACAAGGCAAAGUACCAGGCCAAGCAUGAUGAGGGAAAGACUCAGCAGCGUGGCGUUGAGGCUGAUCUCGACAAGCAGGCUAGAGCGUAA